CGCGGCGCGUGCGGCGCGGACGCGUUCGAUAUUCAAAAUAACGAAUCGCGAAUCGAAAUUCAAAAAAAUAACCGAAGUUUAUCGAUGUGUGUGCAUUUUUGUGAAAUGUGAACAUCGAUAAAGUCAACUAAACAAUCGAGCGACAGUGUCGAAAAUAUUACCGCCGAAAGUGUUCAAGAAACAAUUUCGAUGUGACUAAAAGUUAACAACGAAAUCGAAGUGUUAAACAAAAUCAAAGUGUUCAAAGUGAUUGAAGAAGUAUCAAACAAAAAUGGUGAUGGAACCAGCUCAACAAACGGGGAAGUUCUGGCCUCUCUCCCCUCGACUUUGGAGGCGCAGUAAUGAAUACUCCAAAGUGGUCUUCGAACCUAGAAGACCACCUUUGUCCCCAGUAGAAAUCCGACGCAAAGACAAAAUUGACACCACGCCAGAUUUACUUAGAAGAAGCGUGAUUAAAGAGAGGCUAGACCAUUUGGAUCUUGAUGAUAAGGAUCAAAAGAGAUGGAGCGUGGACUCGAAGCCACCGAAGAAAGAGACGAAGAAGAGUGAUAAAGAGGUGAAGAAGAGUGAUAAAGGGGAGGAGGUGGUGAAGUUGCGGGUGAAAAAGCAGCGGCAGCCGCGGCCGAACAGCCUGCAGCUGCUGCUAUGCCCCUCCAGCUCGGGACACUACAGCAGCAACACGUGGAGAUACACCAGAGUCAGGUCGCGGAGCCAUGAGCCCGAGGGCGGAGGGCGGUGCGCCGAGGGAGCCCUAGCGCGCGCCAUGCAGCCCGCCUCGCCCAAGCGGACUCCAGGGCACCACCACCAAGGAGCAGCAGCCGGCGACCAGUCCACAUUGAAAGUGCACCUGCCCAACGGUGGGUUCAAUGUGGUACGAGCGUCGGGCGAUGAAGACGUGCGCUCCGUACUGCGCUGCUUGGCCACGCGCCUGGCAACUGGAGACCGUGUGUACGCGUCAUGUUUCGCGCUACGGGCUCGCCGCUGCACUCCUGUCAAGGUCCGCUGGAUCCACCAAGACACGCCGGUGUCGACGGUGCUAGCCAACUGGCCGGCCAGCGAGUGGCGGCUGGAGCUGCGCGUGCGCUACCUGCCCGCCAAUCUGCGCGCGCUCUGCGAUGCCGACCGCGUCACCUUCCACUAUUACUAUGACCAGGUUCGCCACGACUACCUCAACGCCAACCAUCCGCUAGUGGACCAGGACCUGGCGAUACAAAUAUGUUGUUUAGAAAUAAAAUAUUUCUGCAAGGACUUACAGAUAUCUGUGGACAAGAAAUCGAACAUCGAGUACCUGGAGAAAGAGUACGGCCUGCACAAGUUCCUGCCGAAAGCCGUGCUCGAGGGGAUCAAACCCAAAGUGCUCAAGAAAGCCAUACAACAGCAGUUUAAGAAGGUGGCGAACUUGAGUGACACAGAAUGCAUGUUAAAGUACUUAGAGACGAUGCACACGCACUACGGGUACGAUCGGGAGACGUUCACGGGCGCGCUCGGCUCCGGAUGGGCCAUCCCGGUGGAGCUCGCCAUCGGACCAGACAUUGACAUAUCGUACGUGUCCCACAAGGCGGGCGAGCCGCCCACCUACACCAAGAUAGCUUCCUUCAGCGACAUCGUCGCCGUGCAGACUCUCAAAUCCAACUGCACACAGUCGUCGCAAACGCAGAGUGGAUCUUGUGGCAAGGCGGCAUUGCAGCUGAGGGUGAAAGGAGCCACGGAGACGUUAACUAUAACUUGUAGCAGCGUGGAGGCAGCAGAAAGUUUAGCAGAUUUAGUGGACGGCUACUGCAGACUAGUCACAGAUUCACAGACCUCCUUGUGGAAUAGACAAACUACCGUUUGGAAACAACUGAACUGUCAGUGCAAAACGGAGAUGAGCAGCAGUUCUUCAGAAGGCAAAACCAGCUCGUGGGAGGCUAACACGGCGACCAUGUUGUCUGAGGACUACGCCGAGAUCGUGGAUGACGACGCCGACUACUCCACGCCGGCAGUUCGCGAUUACGAGUUGGUUCGUAAUCAGAUUGAGCUUACCGGUAUCAUCGGAGAAGGACAGUUCGGCGAUGUACAUAAAGGAACUUGUCGCGUGACGUCAGCCAAUCACCCGUCUCUCCGCCGCCAACUGGCCAUACAGAAGCAGCAGGGCAAGUGCGCAGGCGGCGAGUACAUCCUGCCGGUCGCCGUCAAGACCUGCAAGCUGGACGCUGACCUUGACACCGCUGAGAAGUUCCUUGAGGAAGCCUACAUAAUGCAGCAGUUCUCGCACCCGCAUAUAAUCGGGCUGGUGGGCGUAUGUAGUACUCCACCAAUCUGGAUCGUGAUGGAGCUGGCCACACUGGGAGAGAUGAGGGCAUAUUUGCAGCAGAACGCUCAUAGGUUGGAGACAUGUACCCUAGUCCUGUACAUCUACCAGCUGUCAACAGCACUCAGCUACCUGGAGAGCAAGAAGUUCGUACACAGAGAUAUAGCUGCCAGAAACGUGCUGGUUUCCACCCCUACUUGUGUUAAGUUGGCAGACUUCGGUCUGUCGAAGAUGGUGGAGGACAAGUCGUACUACAAGGCUUCGCGCGGCAAGCUCCCCAUCAAAUGGAUGGCGCCCGAGUCCAUCAACUUCAGACGGUUCACCUCCGCUUCUGAUGUCUGGAUGUUCGGCGUCUGCAUGUGGGAAAUCCUGAUGCUGGGCGUGAAGCCCUUCAGCGGGGUGAAGAACAACGACGUGAUCGGCAAGCUGGAGAACGGCGAGCGGCUGGCGCUGCCGCCGCGCUGCCCGCCGCGCCUCUACUCCGUCAUGUCGCGCUGCUGGGCCUACGAGCCCUCACAGCGACCCACCGCGCACCACUUGAAGGAGACGCUCUUUGAGAUCCUCCAAGAGGAACGCAACACGGCCUGGGACACUAUGCGGCGCGAAAACCGGCGCGUGGCCGCUGCAUCCUGGGGCGACGAGCCGCCGCCAAAACCUUCCCGGCCGGCUACUAACCUCACUGCCGCAGACUCCACUUCAGUGCAAGCGGCAGGAGCGGCGCCCCAAACCUACAUCGUGGCUCAAAACCCCCUCGUGCUCGCUCAUCUCCUGCGAGAGAACCAGUCCCGCGCCCUGGACCCGCAGGCCUACACCACGCCCGCCUCGAGUCCAGAGUUCGACACGGAGCAGGCAGUGGAGCGGCGACUGUUAGCCGAAUUAGCGAGACAGCAACAUCAGAGUGAGGAGGACAGGAGAUGGCUGCAGAUGCAGGAAGAUAACUUGAAGCGGCUGUCGAACGUGCAAGUGUCGACAGAAUCCGAGUCAGGAGACAAGCCAGCGGAGCCAGCCCCCAGCGCCUCAACAGACCCCAGAACUAGUCAGCCGUCCUCAGCGGCCAAUUCCUCUGAAACCAGUCCCGCUAACACAGUGAAGAAUAAGGAGAAAACACCCAGUGAAGAGAAGCCGGCGCAGGCGCCCCCGGCGGAGCCGGUGUACGCGGCCACGACGCGCGUGGUCCGCGGCGUGAUGCGGCUGGCGGGCGUGUCGGUGGCGGGCGGCGCGCCGGCCGACGUGCUGGCCGCCGUGCGCGCGCUGGCCGAGCAGCUGCGCGCGCUGUGCGCCACCGUCGACGUGCUGCGGGUGCCCUUCCCCGCCAACGCGCAGAGGGAGAUAGAGAUGGCGCACCAGGUACUGAGCAAGGACAUGGCCGCCCUCGUGGAGGCGAUGCGACUCGCCAUCCAGUACUCCAACACCACGCUGCAGCAUGAGUAUACCAAGAGCAUGCUAGCAGCCGCGCACGUGCUAGCGAUGGACGCGAAGAACCUCCUCGAUGUGGUCGACUGCAUCCGCCAGCGCUACCCCACCGUGGACUGGCGGGCCGCACUUGAGCCAGAACUAGAACCGCCAGGGCCCAUCGAGCCGCAGAACCAAACCCUCACCUCCCAGAACCAGGUAUACGCCAGCCAGAAUCAAAUAUUCACGCCCCAAAACCCGGCACUAAGCAACCAAUCGUCCUUGCAAGACGAAGAGCCACCUUCACCAAAACCGGACUUCAAAAUCAACCAACCGGUGACUACGAGCCAGCUAAACGUCACGGAACACCUUCCAAAGGAACCUUCGAGCUUACCAACAGCUGCGACAUCGACUUCCAAUAGAGUAUCGGCUUUAAUACAUAAUUAUAACUUGUAUGGCAACGUCCGGGAGCCACAACAUAUAUACGGCAAUGCUGAGGUGUCAUCGUUUCAGCAUUCGUCAUCAAGCAUCACUGAUGACACGAAAGUAGACGUGGCGCCUAUGGAGUCUGUCAAGAGUAGGGUGCAAGCUCUCUCAGGGAAGCUAGACUCGCCUCCGAUAUACUCUGUGAGCAAGAAGAUGGUUCCUCUCGAACAGAAUAUAGGCAAUAGCGAUCAGGGUUGAAUGCCACUCGCUUGCGUUUUAAUUUGCUUGUAGAUUCGCGACGCGCGCUAUGUAGCAAAACUUUCGGGCAAUUUUUAUGCAAGAUUCUUUUAUUUUCUCAUCAGAUCUCUUGACAAGUGUUUAAUGACUAAUAGAAACUUCUAACGCAAAUCAAUCGGCCUAAAGUAAGUCGUAGAAAUGAAUUCAUUAUUAACUUUUUCUAAAUUUAAAUUGAUGUAAUGACUAACAUAGAAAAUAUUUGCAAAUUCCCGUUAAAGUUUUGCCGACAUACGCAUAGCUAAACUUCAAUUUCUAUGUCGACAUGGCAAUACUAUCCAUUUUAUAAACUGGCAACAUCAUGGCAUAUCCCGUUGAUAAUAAAACAAAUGUCAUGUAACUGUCAAAAGUUACUAGUUAUGUCCGCUAGGCGUAUGUUAUACGUUAUUGUGGCGCUACUGUACAUGCUGUGCGUUUUAUUAUCUAUGGUUUACGGCAGAUCAUAGACUAAAGUUUCCGCCUGGGUUAACCUAGGAAAAAAAGCCUAUUAGAAUGACAGUACUUAUGAGCAAAAGACGUUUCAAUACUUUAUUUAGAAGUUUGCAAUGCCGCUGUAGAUAAUUAAAUUUGUAGUGCGAAAAGCUUUGGGAAAGAGAAAUGUUGGCUGCUUGAAAACUUCGGCGUUUGUGCUCAAUAUUAGUAGAAGGUAGAAUUAUCCUUGAGCCAAAACAUUACUCAUAUUAAAACAUCCAUCCAUGUAGCUGCAUUAGACUUACUUUUUAUUUAUGGCAAACGACUGCAGAAUACUCUUCGACUGGUACAAAUUCUCGGAACUGCAUAUUUUUAUUUAUACAACAUUUUUAUUCUUUUUUUUAUUUUUUUUUUAGUUUCGGAGUGUAACCUGACCAAAGACGGUUCCAACAGGAAAUGGACAUCCUUAGUAACGCUGCAAAAUUAAGUUGUAGCGUAAAUUGGCUGAGUAGGUACACACUAUGAACUUUUAUUAAUUAAUUCAUUCAUUCAUUCGUACGGCCUAAUAAUUGCGAUGGCGCUAAAAGUGUGAGAAAUUCUUGAUAAAGUCGAAAGCAUUCUGCACGUUUAUUUUAAAGAUAUUCAAAAUUAUACAUAACCAAACGAUAGUCAUUUUUAGUGAAUAUCUAUUGACAUAUCAUCGGCAUUGUUGUGCUUCAAAUGAAUAUGUAGUGUUGCCAAUUAAUUAAAACAAAAUUAUACUAUUUAUCAUCGUCAUCAAAUAUAAUAUUAUGUUCUCAUACAUUUUUACUAUGGAACAGAAUUUAUUCGCUAUAUAGAAGUUGCUGGUAUUGUAGGCGUGUUGAAAAUGGAAAUAAUAUGUCAAACAGAUUUUAAACAAAAAAGGACCUCUUUGAUUUAUAGCGGUUUGCAAGUUUAAAAGCUUUUUCAUCAUCAUAAAAUAAUUCUUUAAAUCACCAUCGACUUUCCAAGCGCUAGUAUAAACAAAACAUUUACCUAUUUCAAAAUCGCUCAUUAAAGGUGCAUGUUCAUUCUACGCUUUGAUUUAGAAGUGAAUUGAAAACAGCAAGAAAUGAAUUAAAAUCAAUGAUAAUAUUAAUUUGUGAUAUUAUUGCCAAUAAAUUACCUAAUUCGAUUGUAAUAUAAGCGAGAAUGUCUAAUUGAUACUUGGUUCUGUAUAAUCGAAAUUUUACUAUUGGCAUCACAUAUACUUUGAAGUGUUGUUAAAUAGUAACGUUAUAUUUUGAACCAGGUAUAAUUUAAAACUAAAUCCAUUUAGUGGUUUCGUUAUUUGCCCCAAAAAAAAUUAAAUAUAAACUACAAAUGAAUAGUCUGGGCUUUUUGUUUGGACUUACAUAAUGAAGUAGCUAGACGCAAAAGUAACGAGGUAAUAUCGUCACCAAGGCUGAAUGACCGCUUUGCCUGCCCGUGUGGGCAAAUCGAAAAAAAAUAUAUAUCGUCAGAAUAAAAAAAGAACUAAAUAAAAUAACAAAUCACUUGGUGGUUUUAGAUUAGACAAACUUAUCUCUCUGUACGGUGAGCACAUUCCUUAUACUUUGCACCUAAAAUUAUAUAAUUAUUUUCAUACAACGUUUUGUAAUUGCAAGUUUUUAUACUGAACAGACAUAUUUUAUAAGUAAAAACAAAUCUUCCAUAACACAAUAAGCGUCAAUGAAAAUCGUUUGAAAUUAAUAAUCAAAGUAUUAAUUUUAAUUUAAAAUGUAUUAUUACGAGUAUACUUAUGUGUAUAUUUUUUGUUAGUUUAGGUGCGUACUUGUCACAAACUUAAGUAACUGCAUUUAAUUUCUACACGACAUUUAAACUUAUUUAAAACUGGAUUGAAAAGUUUUCUUUGUAAAAAUGUACAAAACAAUACGAUUGUCCAUAAUUAUUUUAAUUUUUAUCCAAAGUUUUAUUAUAAGCUUAGAUCUCAGAUGGAAUUUCUAGCGUUAAAUUGAUUAGUUUUGUAAUUAAUUAAAUCAGAAUUUAUUUAUUGACGAAUCUUUGGUUUAUUUGUAAAGUUGAUUUUCCUAAAGUGCGUCCGAUUAUAAUGGCAACAUUUGACUGAAAAAAAAAAGCAACAAUAGGCUCGUAUAAUACCUACGUACCACACGUACACGUACUUCAUUCUUCUUACUUGUUUACCCAGUUUAAUAGGCUGUAUGAAGUAAAACCUUGUCUUACAAAAAAAAGUCAAAUGUUUCCUUAUAAAAAUGGGCGCCGAAUAAUGACUAGUAGUUAAGCAGGAUUUCAUUCCAAAGUUAUAAUGAUAUUAAGCAGUACACGUAGUCCAUAGUAUGUAGAGCUGCCGAGAUUAUUUUAAAAAUAUCUGAACAAACUGGAUUUUGUUUAUGCAAUGAAUAAAGGACAAAGCAAAAUA